CCACUGACUACCAAGAGCACCCCGGUCGCAGCAGCGAUGCCACUGACCACCAAGAGCACCCCACAACCAGGUGCCACAUUGCUGUCUUCCAAAAGCCAAGUGAGUCCCUUGGCAUCAGUGUCCAAGAGUGGUGCUCAGGCGGGCAGCUCGCUGCUGCUGGCCCCCAAGAGUAGUGCUCAGGCAGGCAGCUCGCUGCUGUUGGCCCCCCAGAGCGGUGCUCAGGCUUUGUGCAAACCCUUAACCAGUGAAGAUGCAAAGGAAAGACAGCCUUUUUUCAACAGACUCUACAAAGCUGUAGCCUGGAAAUUGGUUGCUGUCGGAGGCUUCAGCCCUAAUGUAAACCACGCAGAACUCCUAAACUCAUCUAUUCAGUCUGUGAAAGCUACGUUAGAUGUUGCUUUUGUUCCCCUGAAGGAGCUUGCGGACUUGCCUCAAAAUAAGAGCUCUCUAGAAAAUAUAGUUUGUGAACUGAGGUGCAAGUCUGUCUACCUGGGUACUGGCUGUGGUAAAAGUAUGGAAAAUGCCAAAGCGGUUGCUUCGAGAGAAGCUUUGAAAUUAUUCCUCAAGAAGAAAGUUAUUGUGAAGAUCUGUAAAAGAAAAUACAAAGGUCGCGAAAUCGAAGAUUUGGUACUUCUGGAUGAAGACUCGAAACCUUUCAAUUUACCACCAGCUUUAAGAAAUCCUCGUGAGAUCUUGUAG